UUGAUUUGUUUACAAGGAACGAAUUGGGAGACUUUGAGUAUACUUCGGUAUAGGUAGGUCUCGCAACCUUGUCAAAACGAUCGAGAUAAUAUUCCGACUUAAUUACUUCUUUACGUGCUGAGGUGUUUAUCAACGAAUCGUGCCAGCUUAUAUACGCCCCGGGCGAAGUUUUGAGGGCCUUAAAAGCUUAAUUACUCGCGGAGCGAACUGCUUUAUCGAUUGCACAUCCCUUUUGUAUCCUUUCGUGUUAAGUGUACGGGCUACUAAUUCGAUAAGGAUUGAAAAAUGCGCGGAGAUUUCACUAUGAGUUUUAGUGACAAUGAAACGACCGAUCGGUUUGUAAAGGCUUUUUCGCAAUGGAAAAAGGAGUGAUUGUGUUUUGAAGUGUAUUUAAAAUAGCAUCAGUCAUGUAUGGGAUGUUGAAUAUUGGAUGGAAUGAAGGUAAUAAGGUGGAAUGGACAACGGUAGGCUGGAAACGGUCCCUCCUGGGACUGUACACUUGGACACUGUAAGGUCACUCCAUCAAACUGUGGUGUCUCUAAGAACCGCUCUCGAAGUGUCUAAGAAUGAACUUAAAGAAUUGAAAGAAAAGUAUCAGGAACAUUCACGUUGUAUAGAGUAUGCUGAUGUUAUAGAAAAAUUAACUUUGGAGAAUCACAUUCUGCGACGUAAAAUAAUUGACUCUGAUGAUAUAGGAAAUAAAUCUCAUCAGAACUUCAAUUUAAAGGUUUCUUACACCCCUAAAGGAGAUAAAAUUGACGAUAGUUAUAGGAGUGAAGUUUUAAUUAAAACGGCGUCUACUGAUGGAGUAGUGGAGGAUAUAAAUAAUAAAUUAUCUGAACUCAAAAGUUCCGAGAAUUUGGAAGAAAUAAUUGAAGAGUCCAAAUCUGAAACGAUAGUAUCAGACCGUUCUAACUUUCCUGUUGCUACCAGCAGUCCAAUUGAUAAUAAUUCUAAUAGUCAAGUCUUUGUUCCUAAAGAAAAAUCUGAUAUAAACACACCAAGUUUCAAAACGAAAUUGGAACUGUUGUCGAAAUUUGAUGUUAGGAUUAAAGUAAAGACUUUGAAAGAGGGUAGUGUAAAAUCUAGCACUACAUCUGAUAGUGAUUCUACGACUACGAGUGAAGAAAGAAAAGAAAAAUCAACUGAAAAAGCUGCUGAGACAGACAAAUACCACUUUGAAGAGCAGAGAGAACAUUUCCAAAACAUAAAAAAUCAUAAAGGUGAUAAGGUGAAUUUCAAAUCCGUUUCAACGGAAAAUAUAAAAAUGGCAGUGCCAAAUGAAGCAGAAGUCAAAUCUAAAACCGAUAAGUUUGAUGUACAAGUACGCAUCACAUCGGAAGACAAUCUCGUAGUAACAGAAACUAACGAGAGGUCGAGAAGAAAAGAUACGUUAAACUUGGACGUGGACAAUUUAAGUCUUCGAUCAAUGUCGGAAGGCGACAAUUCAGUUUUCUCUGAAAGCGGAACAACGCCAAUGGGACAAAAUACAGCACCCGAUGAUAAACGAGAUCAGGAAAAUGGUAGCGGCAACGAGUCCGAGGAAGUCGACGAUAUAGAACUUAUAUUUACGACGGACGAGUCGAAGGACAUGAGCAAUUUGCAGGAAGAUCUCGUUUCCAUACGAGAUACUGAUCAAUGGGUACCUGCUUCUGCUUCUACCACACAUUCGACACCGGUUCUGAUCAAGUUUCAUACCUUAGAUCCAGACUUCCAACCGGGAAGUGAAAUCAGUAAUAUCACAAAAGAAAAUCAAGAAAACAGUCCAUGCUAUGCAAACGAACCGUCGCUUAGAAUGAAAAGAGUAUCUUUACCUAACGACAAAGAUAUAAAACACGUUGGUUUUAACGAGAAAGGAACUCUAGAACUGCCCGGUCGUGGAAUACUGAAGAGUUACGAUAACAAGUCUGAUAAUAUGCUGUACAGGCGUAGUCCAAAUGCAAGUUCCAGGAGACUUGAUAGCAUUGAUAGCCUGACAUGCGAAUACAAUCGUGGACUCAGCUUUGAUAAUACAAAGUCCUCGAGCUUCGAACUAGGAUCUAGUCUAGACGUCUUACAUAGAGAGGAGAGUGUUGACAGUUUUCAAAGGCCAAGAAUGGGACAUCGGUUUUCCGUGUUCGCAGAAACUGAUAUAUCGAAAUGUGGCAUUUCAGAGGACGAUCUUGCAAGCAAUCUGAAUUUGAGGCGCAAUACUUGUCCUAAUCCAUUUCAAUAUAGACCCGUGAUGUCUCGUACUGGAGCCCGCACUGGGUACAAAGCCAUCGGUCGACCUCGACCAGUGGUGUACCAGGGAUUCGCCCCUCGGCGAGAGAAUGCUGCACAGACUGAUAUGUCCGCUCUGCCGCCAAAGUGGACUUCGGAUGGCUAUUUAGCCUAUAAGAUGAACUCGAAUCAUCCGACGGUGGUGCCCACUCUACCACAACGCACGAGCACCACUCGUAGACUCACCAUUCCGGACGCGCGACCACCGCCACCACAACGACGCACCGAUGAGGCGCGUCGGGUCCUUCUCAGUGAUAUUGGAUUUACGUCCAUGGUGCCUGAGUUGUCACGCUCAGCCGAGCCGCUGUGGACACGACGAGCUACCGGUGUUCACGAUCCUUCUCAAUCACCCUCCAGAUAUCGCUACCGUUCGCCGUGUCUGAGCGUAGAUCGAAGCAAUGAUUGGAGCCAAACAGCAAACAUCGCUUCCGUUAAAGGUGUAUCUUGGCGCGGUUCGCUACCCGACGUUCGUCGGGAUGACACUGAUGAACUUCUACAAGAGACCGAAGCUUUCCUACGUCGCUCUAUAGAUAACCUGUGCUCAACUUCGCUUGAAAUGGACAGUUCUGGUGAACGAUCUGGUCACCCGUACAUCCCGGCAGAGGCGAGGCAGUUGCGUCUCGGGCACGCUGUGAAACUGAUAACCCCACAAGGGAGACUUGCUGUAGGACGCGUCAGAUACGUCGGUCUCGCAGGCGGUACUGCUGCAAAUAGCGGUAUCGUGGUCGGCGCGGAAUUUUCACUGUCUCUGUACCCAGGAAUGCCACGUAAUGAUGGUACCUAUAAUGGAAGGCGGUAUUUCCUCACUCCGCCGCAAUAUACUGCACUUUUUGUGCCAUUCUCGAAGAUAGUUAUGGCUUGGGCUAACUAGACUUGAAGUCAGAUUUUGAUAUCAGGCUCGAAGGACCAUUUUUAGACUUUUCAAAUAAAUGUGAAGUUCAUGUUCAUUUAUAUUAAUGUGUUGUCUUUAUAAUCAUUAUAUGUCUUCGUAGAAAGGCCUAAUUAACGCAUAUUAUGUAAUAUUUAGACGGGGGAAUACUGGCUGGAAUUGUUGAAGGAAUGUGAAUGAAUUAAAAAAAAGGUGAUGGCCUUGAAGUCAUUUAAAAAUAAUAUCUACAGUAUUAUUAAGGUUUAUUUUUGAUAACAGUAAUAAGUAGCCGCUCGUUUGCUUUUGGAAUUAAA